AUAUUAACCUCGUUCUUGCCAUAUCCAUAUUGAUUUCUUAGUGAAUAAAGUAUUAAUUUUAUAUCAUUUUGUAUUGAGCCUGAAUAAAAUAUACAGCUAAAUUAAUUCUACUGAACAAAACAAAAGGAUGAUGAGCUUGUUUGUCCGGCUGCAGACCAUCUUCAUUCUUAGUGUAUUUAGAAUACAAGUCACGACCCAACGGAGGAGUUUAACAGAUAUGCUUUGUGCUAGUAAUCGGUGUUCUGGUGACAGAGAAUUUUCAGAGAACUUAUGCCGUCUGGAUGUAACUGUAAGGUGUCCUAGGUUCAACAAUGGAGAAUUUUCCCAUUGGGCAGGAAACACCAAUAAAUGUGAUAAAAUGCCUGAAGUACAUAAAUGCUGCUUUUCCAUAUUGCAGAAUGAUACCAGUACCAUUAUAGGAGUAGCAUGUUUUGACGAGUGUACUAAAUUAGAUAUUGAUCUGCGUGAAAGGUCAAGAUGCAUCAGAGGUGGACAUCUUGCUAGUGUAGGUCCAACAAGAGUCUCUAAAAUAUGUGAUGAUGGCAGGAAAGGCAGAGAGUGUGAUCCCUUUAAGUUCCUACAUCGGCGAUGUUGUGAAAUUGUAGCUGAAGAUGGAGAAGCAAAUGUUAUGUGCACAAGGCGCUGUCAGAAGUUAAAAGCAAUACAAUAA